GUCAUUGUCUUAGAAGCUAAAGACAGAAUUGGUGGCCGAGUGUGGGACGACAAGACAUUCAAAGGAGUCACUGUUGGAAGAGGUGCACAAAUUGUCAAUGGAUGUGUCAACAACCCUGUGGCACUAAUGUGUGAGCAACUUGGCAUUAAAAUGCACAAACUAGGGGAGAAAUGUGACUUGAUCCAGGAAGGUGGAAGGAUAACAGAUCCCACUAUUGAUAAACGUAUGGACUUUCAUUUCAAUGCCAUCCUAGAUGUCGUCUCUGAGUGGAGAAAAGAUAAAACCCAACAUCAAGAUGUUCCUCUUGGUGAAAAAAUACAAGAGAUCUAUAAAGCCUUUAUUCAGGAGUCUGGUAUCCAGUUCAGUGAGCUGGAAGAAAAAGUGCUACAGUUCCAUCUCAGUAAUUUGGAGUACGCCUGUGGCAGCAAUCUCUCUCAGGUAUCUGCACGCUCAUGGGACCACAAUGAAUUUUUUGCCCAGUUUGCUGGAGAUCACACUCUUCUAACUGUGGGAUAUUCUACUGUGAUUGAUAAAUUGGCAGAAGGGCUGGACAUCCGGCUGAAUUUCCCAGUACAGAGUAUUGACUAUUCUGGUGAAGAAGUACAGGUCACUACUGCAGAUGGAACAGUGUGGACAACACAAAAGGUAUUAGUGACUGUACCACUGGCCCUUCUGCAGAAAAACGCCAUUCAGUUUAAUCCUCCACUGUCAGAAAAAAAAAUUAAAGCCAUUAAUAGUUUGGGAGCAGGAGUCAUUGAGAAGAUUGCCUUGCAGUUCCCUUACAGAUUCUGGGACAGUAAAAUUCAAGGAGCUGAUUUUUUUGGCCACGUUCCACCCAGUUCCAGCCAACGUGGGCUCUUCAGUGUUUUCUAUGACAUGGAUCCUGAGGGCAAACAAAGCAUUUUAAUGUCAGUGGUCACUGGAGAUGCUGUGACAACAAUUAAGAAUUUAGAUGAUAAACAAGUCCUGCAACAGUGUAUGACUGUACUUAGAGAGCUGUUUAAGGAGCAGGAGGUUCCUGACCCAGUGAAGUUUUUUGUAACCCAAUGGAGCAAAGACCCUUGGCUCCAGAUGGCAUAUAGUUUUGUGAAAACUGGGGGCAGCGGUGAAGCUUAUGACAUCAUAGCUGAAGACAUACAAGGAAAAAUUUUUUUUGCUGGUGAGGCCACAAAUAGGCACUUUCCUCAGACCGUUACAGGAGCUUACCUGAGUGGGGUUCGAGAAGCGAGCAAAAUAGCAGCAUUUUAA